CUUUAAACGCUUCAUUUCGUAAUGUAUUACUUUACACUGGGAUUCAAUCGAUAUUUAAACUGACAAUUCACGAACAAGUUUGGACUUCCUUCUUGAACAUAGAUAACCUCACAAUGUGAGAAGUACCACUACAGAUAAACUGGACACAACAGAAAGAAGUCAAGAGACCAGCAAGUUUGUUUCUUCAAGGUUUGGGUUACUGUAAUGAGUCCAUGACACUGGCAAACAUAAAUAUUACAGACACAAGCAAGUUUGUAGAAUUAACUGUCAUCGUUUCAGAUGUGCACUUGUCAUUGAGAUGUCUGCAGACGUCUUUCUGCAAGCUCAGGAUCUGGUCAGGUGUCAGCUUUGUGAAUCUCCAGCAGAGACAGUCUGUAAUACCUGCAGUAUCGAACUGUGCAAAGCAUGCGUGGGCGAUCACGUCAUCUCUGCCAUCGGACACGUUGUUGUGCCUUUCAGAUUUCGAACAUCUAACGUCACUUUACCAAAGUGUGAGAAACAUUCAGAGACAUCCGAGUACUAUUGUGUAGAUUGUUCUGCCAUUAUCUGCUGGACUUGCUUGGUGUCUGGCCUCCACAGGGACCACACAGUAAGAAGACUCUCUGAAUCACAAUACAAUAGUGAAGAACGACAAGACAUUACUCAAAAUAUCGAACCUGCCUGGUCACGCUGUUCGAAGAAAACGAAGGAAAUACUUGCUGUACCGAAACUCUUGACCACGGUUUCAACGGGCUACUUUCUCACAUACAGGGUUGUUUGUGGACUGAAACCAGAUCGGUUUUAUGUCAGUGGUAUCGAUAAACUAAUUGUGUGUCUGGAUACCAAUGGUAAAACCUUGGUUAAGCAUGACACGAAAUCAGGCCAUCAACCAGAAGACUUGACUGUUACUAAGGAUGAAAAUCUUAUAUACAUCGACCACCACGACAGGAGCAUAAAUAAAGUGAAGGAUGGCGGAAUAGAAUGUCUGAUAUCACUACAGAACUGGCGACCAAAAGAUAUCUGUAGUACCUCCAUAAACGACUUCCUAGUCACCAUGAUGUCUGAGGAUGAAACACAGGCUAAGAUUGUCCGUUACUGCGGUUCCAAGGUCGAACAAGAAAUCCAGCUCUAUGAAUCCGGUAAAUCUUUAUAUUUAAAUCCAUGUUUCAUUGACGAAAACGGAAACCUGGAUGUGGUGGUCUCGGAUUUUAAUGCCAAGUCAGUGAUUGUGGUUACCAUGGAGGGAAAGUUUAAAUUCAGCUAUCACGGAAAUCCCGAAUACACCCAAAAAAGAGCGUUCAAUCCAUACGGGGUUUCCACGGAUACAAUGUCCAAUAUUUUAGUCGCUGACAGUGAAAACGACGUCAUCCAUAUCAUUGAUAGAAACGGAGACUUCCUGUUGUGCAUAGACACAUGUAACUUGCAACAUCCUUACGACCUCUGUGUAGGUAACAAUGACCUGUUGUAUGUUGCUGAACUCAAAGAAAACAAAGUCCAACAAAUCAAGUAUCUUGAGUAAACAGGUACUUGUUGAAAUCCCAAGGACCUGAAGACUUUUUCUAGCAGACCCUCAUAUUUGCGACAUGUGUUAAUGUUGUUGAUAUGAUAAUAUUGGUGGUGUAUGUGUGCUCGGAAUACUUAUUGCCAACCUGACUUAAUUUUCCUAGAUAGUUAUGGCAAAUUACAAUAAAUAUAAAUUCAAUUCACAUACAUUUAGGAUAGUUAAAUUCUAAUGAAACAAAACAGCAAACUAACAAUGAAAAACUAUGUACAUGUACAUUUAAAACUACAUACAGUGGGGGAAUGAUGGGUUUUUUUCUUUGUGUGUGAUGUUUAAAAAGUAGCUACAUAUAUACAUAUAUACGGGUAUAAUGUAGAUAUUUCUUUUCUUCUGGUCCUUUUUGUUUGCUUAAGUUUGCGUUCAGCAUAAAAAAAUUAAGUAGACAAAGGAGGAUAACUCGUGUCAUCUUGACAAUCCAACUGAACGUCGUGAGUAACAAAAGAGUUAAAUAUCACUAUCUGCACCUUGUCGAAAUACUCUCAUUUGAAUUGAAUCCUGUUACUUUUGCGUGUUAUUUGUUAUUUCUCUAUGAUUUUGGUUUGUGAAAACACGAUACACAGACAGAACACGCCCACCAUUCACAGUCAUAAGUAUUUCCUUUAUACUAGGAAUCAUAUUUCUGUUGAAUUAGUCACUGUUUACAUUACCAUAGAUUUGCCUCACUGUAUGCAACGAAGAUCGCCCCCCCCCCCCUUAAGUUCCCUGUACAGACGAAAUUGCAACAUGUGCUCAACAUAUAUUACAUAUGUGAAUUUUUCACCAUAUCGUAUUUUUGAAGUUUGUAAGAUUAUCAACAUAUGUUCAAUGAGCUGAUAUUAUUUUCAAAUCAAAUUUCCAUUUAUAAUCUGUUCCAUGUUUAACUAAAAUAAAUCUAAUGGUCAACCAUAUUGUUGAGUUACAAGUGAGAUAAAAGACCCACAAUUCUUUGUUAUGUAAACAAGGCUUUUUGGCAUUUUAUUUGUUAACAUAUAUAUUGUAAAAUAGAAAUAUCAUGUUUGAAAUAAAAUGAGAUGUCACAAACA